ACUGACGCUCCCCUUGCCGGUGAUUGGUCGCUGCCCAGCAGUUUUCGCGCCAACGCGCUGCAUUGUGGGGAUGGUUAGCGGAAGUGCGCCGGUCGUGGGGACGCUUGUGUUGUUUCGAUGCGGACACUCGGGGUUUCGUGUUUUGGUGUGUAGGAUUUGACGGUGGGGGGAUUUUAAACCUGUCUGAAAGUGUGACUGGAAGUUUGUACGAAUGCGGGGCGAAGAGUCGUCGGAUUCCGAGUCGGGGAGGAUGGAGGAGAGUUCAAUCCGGAGGAGUUUGGAGACGUUGUGUCAGGAGCUGAACAUGGACGAGCAGACAGCCACUGAAGCCAUGGAGAACUUCACUGCCAUAUGGAAUACAUACACACUGGAGGGAGAGGUGGUCCACUGGUUGGCCUGCUCGCUGUAUGCAGCCUGUAGGAAAGGAUCCACUCCCACAGUGGGUAAAGGGUUGAUGGAAGGAAACUGUGUCUCCCUCACCAGGAUCCUUCGCACCGCCAAACUGAGUCUGAUCCAGUUCUUCUCUAAGAUGAGGAAGUGGGCUGACAUGUCCAACCUCUCGCAGGACUUCAGGCAGCGCAUGGAGCGACUGGAGCGCAACUUUGAGGUUUCCACUGUGAUUUUCCGCAAGUUUGAGCCCAUCUUCAUGGACAUGUUUCAAAAUCCGCAGGGAGGGGAACCGCCACGGCAGCCGCGCAGCAGGAAACACAGGCGGCUUCCCUGUCACAUCAGCGAUGUGUUCAAGUUCUGCUGGACUCUGUUUGUCUACACCAAAGGAAACUUCCGUAUGAUCGGUGAUGACCUGGUGAACUCGUACCACCUGCUGCUCUGCUGUCUGGACCUGGUGUUCGGCAACGCUCUGCUCUGUGCCAACAGGAAGGACCUCAUCAACCCCACGUUCCGAGGUCUGCCUGCUUUGUAUCGCGCUGAUGGCCACGUUUCAGCGGACGAGCCUCCUCCGUGUGUGUUGGAGAGGUUGUGCGAGCUCCACGACGGGCUGGUGGUGGAGGCCAAAGGCAUCAAACAGCACUACUUCAAACCCUACAUACAGAAACUGUUCGAGAAACAGAUCCUGAAAGGCAGCGAUGAGCAUCUGACAGAACUGUUGGAUCCACAGAACUUCAUUGAUAACAAUAAAGCCAUAAACAGGGAGUAUGAAGAGUACGUGUUGACGGUGGGAGACUUUGAUGAGAGAGUGUUUCUGGAAGCCGAUGCAGACGAGGAAAUCGGCACUCCAAGAAAGGUCGUUCACGAUCAGCCUGCCUCUACGACCGCUCAGAACCAGCUGCAGCAACAUGUUGAGAAGUCUGCCUCUCUCGCCCCCUCCACCCCUCUGACAGGACGAGUCUACCUGAAGGAGAAGGACCUGCUCGUCACGCCCGUCUCCUCCGCGACGCAGAGCGUCAGUCGGCUGCAGAGCAUGGUGGCCGGAUUAAGGACGGCCCCGAGCGACCACCUGAUGCAGAUCUUCAAGUCGUGCUCCAGAGAUCCCUCAGACAGCAUCCUGACCAGAGUGAAGACGCUGGGACAAGCUUUCAAAGAACAUUACACCAGAGACUCAGAGGAGAUGCCAGGCUCUCAUAUAGACUUUGCAGAGAACCGUUUGAAACUGGCUGAGAUCCUUUACUACAAGAUCCUGGAGAAUGUCAUCAGUCAGGAGACCAAACGGCUGCACGGCAAAGACAUGAGUAUGUUACUGGAGCAGGAUAUCUUCCACUGUUCCCUGAUGGCAUGUUGUCUGGAGGUGGUGUUGUUCUCCUACAGCUCCCAGAGAACCUUCCCCUGGAUCAUCAACAUCUUCAAACUGUCCCCAUUCUACUUUUUCAAGGUGAUCGAGGUGUUUAUCCGCUCUGAGGAAGGCCUGUCCAGAGAUAUGGUGAAACAUCUGAACCAGAUCGAGGAGCAGAUUCUGGAAAGCAAAGCGUGGAGCGCAGACUCCGCCCUGUGGAGCGCCUUACAGGAUGCAGGGAACAAAGUGCCCACAGUGGAGGAGGUGAAUUUUUCCUCCAGUCUGGACACAGGCUCUGGUCCUGGUUCUGGUUCUACCAGCGCAGGCCAGACCCACCUGCCUCUUGUCGCCCUCUCCCCCAUCAUCCACCCCCGCAUCAGGGAGUUCAGGUCAGGCCUGGGCAGUGCACGUAAAGAUGUUCCUCCCUCUCCGUUGUCGGUACACGACCGGUACAGCUCCCCGGCGGCUGGCAGCGCUAAACGACGUCUUUUUGGUGACGACCCUCCAACAACAGGAGUGACCCUGAGCCCGAUGUCAUCGCCGGCUAAAAGGCUGACAUUCAGCUCGACCAGCACCCUGAGGAUCGGAACUCAGGGAAGCCCGGCCACCGUCCUGAGUUUCCCACUGCAAGCAGGUAUGAGUAAUGACCGAACCAUCACACUGAUCCCGGUUCAGUCUUGCGACGCCUCUGGUACCAUCAACGCUCAGUUCCUGCUGACCUCACCGCACCGCACCGCCUCCCCAAGCCGCGUCACAUCCGCACCCACGACCUCAGACCCACCGACAGGAAGCGGUCGACCGCGGCGCACCGGAUCCCUCGCUCUGUUCUUCAGGAAGGUGUAUCACCUGGCCAGUGUACGUCUGAGGGAUUUGUGUGUGAAGUUAGACAUCCCGUCAGAGCUGCGAGGGAAAAUCUGGACGUGUUUUGAACACACACUGGUUCACAGCACUGAUCUGAUGAAGGGCAGACACCUCGACCAGCUGCUGCUGUGCAGCGUUUACAUCAUAUCCAAAAUCACCAAAGAGACUCACACCUUCCAUGACAUCAUGAAGUGUUACCGCAGCCAACCACAGGCCAGCAGCCAUGUGUACCGCAGCGUCUUGCUGCGUCACACUCCUAGAGAGCAGGUGGCUGAUGAGAACAUGGAGGUGGAUCCUGUUUCAGGAGGCGAAUCUGCAGAGAAAUCCAACCAGGUCUCAGGAGAAGCAAACUCCAGCCAAUCAGCAGAGGAGGAACGUGGUGACCUCAUCCAGUUCUACAACAGCGUCUUCGUCCUGAAGGUUAAAAGCUUCGCGCUGCGAUACGCCACCAACGAUAACCGGGCCGACGCACCUCCUCUCUCUCCGUUCCCGUCGGUUCGGGCUCAGCCUCUUUCUCCUCGUCGCGUUUCUCAGAGACACUCGCUGUACGUCUCCCCUCACAAGAACUCUGCAGCCUGCCUCACACCAAACUCCUACACCUACAGGAUCAACAGCAGCCCGUCCAAGGAGUUAUCAGACAUCAACAGGAUGAUCCGGCAGGGCUGCGUGAGCAGGAAGAGGGCCUUCACCAUGGAGGGGGACGUGAUGAUGUCAUCAGCGUGCGACUCCCCCAGCAAGAGGGCGUGUCCGGAGAACGGCAGCAGUCCGGAUGUGCUGCUGAAGCGGCUGCAGGACGUCGUGUCGGAGCGGCAGAGUCACUGAUGGAGCCACAGCCGGAGAAGGCAAAUGUACGUUCAUGACAGUUCAUCAGGUUUGUAAGUUUCCAGUUGAGUUGUGGAGUAAUUAUGAAACAAGACAGGAAGUCUUCUUUCAUCACUGAUGUCCGUUUUUAUUUGACCUCGUAUGUUGUGACCUGAGGGUCAUAGAACCAACAGCAGACUCCAGUUCCAGGUCCAGUGUUGUCACAACCACAGACUUCUGACUCUGAAACAACAACAAUAAUAAUCAUAAUAAUAUCUGAAAUGUGAUAUUUGAGCCACAUCAGGAAUCAAAAUACAUCAGACGACUUCACUGAGACGCUUCACUUGUUUGACCGUCUCACUUCAAGAACUCUGUUGAUUUGUCAAGUAGCUCAGGUGAACGUCGGCUCAGCUCUUGGCCUUUUCAGGAUCUUUAAUCACUGUUGCACUGUGGGAAACAUCUCAGAAAUGCACCUGACCACGACGGCAUUAACAAGAGAGCUACACUUCACAAGGUUGUUAAACAUUUGCAGCUGCAAGAUGGCAGCACACGCAGGUUCUUCAGGCUGUCGUUACUCUUUAAAAGUUAUCCUUUAAAACUCAAAGGAUGGUUGGUUCAUAAACUGCCUCAAAGUUGAAAAGAAAAGAGAAAUUUUAAAAACAUUUGUUGAAGGAAAAAUACAUUUUAAAAGGUAAAAAUGUUUUCCUGAGUUUCUGUUAUUCCAACGAGGAGAGAGUCUUCAUGCUGGACGCCUUUCGUCUUCAGUGAAUCCCUCAGUUGUCAAGCUUUUCCAUCAGUCACAUUGUUUUUACACCUGCAGGAAAUGAUAUCCUUGGUGGCAGCGCACGCUUACAGAAGAUUCGAUUGGUUGAACUGAAACUAAAUUCAGAUUUAAAGAAACUUGCUGUUGUAGCAAAAAUUCAGGCCACAAACAACCCAUAAUUCAACACUCACUGUCUGAGCGGGUGUUAGACAAGCACCACACAGAUAUAUAGAUAUAAAUAUCUAAAAAAAAAGAUCUCAUAUUUCAGUAAAAAUGCUAUAAACUUGUUAUCAACUUACACAUAAUUAAUCAUAGAUUAAAAGACGACCGACCUUUAUCAGGCUUUCUCAUCUUUACUUACAUUUAACUGACGGGAAAUCAAAUUUCAGUGGCUCGCACGAGUUGUUCACCAGAGUGAAUUGAAAGCUCUCAGCGUCGAAGUGUUGGUGGCUUAUUUUCUGCUCACACAUCAAACUGACAGUAUUAAAGAAACGCUAGACGGAAGAACUCAAAAGAUUUAAUUUAACUUGACUUGACGAUCAUUCAGAGAGCUUUCAGACAUCAGGGGUUGAGAAGCAGGAAGCUCGUCGUUGUUCAUAUCAGGUCAAAAUAUAUUUGGAAAAAAAAAAUGUUUGAACUUGUGUACAUAGUUUUCUUUAACGGGACAAAUCAAGCUCUAUUGUACAUUUUCUAGUAUUAAACUUGUCUUCCUCCACAGUAUUUGCAGAGGUCUCUACUGUUUGUAGAGAUUCUGUCACUGAGGGAAACUUGUCUUCUUUUAUUCUUUAACUAAUUUGUUUCCUUUAAUCUUUCCUGUUUGUGGUUAUGAACCACUUAAUGUUGUGUAAAGCUGUAAUAAUAGGCUUCAUGCUAACAAGAGUGCUCGAUUGAAGCAGCAUUUGUGUACCUGAGUGUGUAGUAUCUACACUUCAUCUUUUAUUGAAAAUAACAUUUUAGAAAACGAUCUUUAACUUCGAACAGUUUCAUAUAUAAUGUUUAGUUCAUACCUGGUUUGCUAAAAGCACAGUAGCAAAGAAGGCGGAGAAAAACUAACCACUUGUUAUAAAAACAAACAAAUUAAAAGUGUUGAUUUUCUUCCCAGACAGCAAACAAAAAAUAAAAAAAAUACAAUAAUGGGAUUCUGUAAACACUGUUGUUCCACUCUGGUGUUUUCUUCAAGGACAUUUGUAUUUUCUACAAACAGUCAUGUUUUGUACAAUAAAACUUCAUUUUGUCUUGAUGA